UAGCUCUCCCCCUCGGAGUCGCAGCUGCUCUCGGAGGCCCAACCCGUUGCCCAGGCAACAGGCUCCCGGCAGCCCCUGCGGCCCGGAGUGCAUCCCGCCUCCACCGGGCUGGCGGGGUUGACGAGUCCUGAGGGGCUGCCGCGGGAGCCUGCAGGUUUCCCUAGAUGAUGAAUAAGCAUUCCUUCUGCCUGAAGAACAUCGGUGAAAACCUUGACCAUGGCAUCGAUAUCAGAACCUGUAACAUUCCGAGAAUUCUGCCCUUUGUACUAUCUCCUCAAUGCCAUUCCCACAAAGAUCCAGAGGGGCUUUCGCUCUAUUCUGGUCUACCUCACAGCCCUGGAUGCCAACGGGGACUACAUUGCGGUGGGCAGCAGCAUCGGCAUGCUCUACUUGUACUGUCGGCACCUCAACCAGAUGAAGAAGUACAACUUUGAAGGAAAGACAGAGUCUAUCACUGUGGUGAAGCUGCUGAGCUGCUUUGAUGACCUUGUGGCAGCAGGCACUGCCUCUGGGAGGGUUGCUGUUUUCCAGCUCGUGUCUUCCUUGCCAGGGAGGAACAAGCAGCUUCGGAGAUUUGAUGUCACUGGUGUUCACAAAACCAGCAUUACAGCUCUGGCUUGGAGCCCCAAUGGGAUGAAACUGUUCUCCGGAGAUGACAAAGGGAAGAUCGUCUACUCCUCUCUCGAUCUAGACCAGGGUAUCUGCAACUCACACCUUGUGUUGGAGGAGCCAUCUUCCAUUGUGCAGCUGGAUUACAGCCAGAAAGUGCUGCUCGUGUCCACCUUGCAGAGGAGCCUGCUCUUUUACACUGAGGAAAAGGCUGUCAAGCAGAUUGGAUCCCAGCCAAGGAAGAGUACUGGGAAAUUUGGUGCUUGUUUUAUACCAGGACUGUGUAAGCAAAGUGACCUAACCCUGUAUGCAGCCCGGCCUGGGCUCCGGCUGUGGAAGGCUGAUGUCCAUGGGACCGUUCAAGCCACGUUUAUCCUCAAGGAUGUCUUUGCUGGAGGAGUCACACCUUUUGAGCUCUACCCUCGUCUGGAGCCCUCUGAUGGGGGAAGUUGCAGCUCUCCUGAGAAACACCUGGGGCUCGUUUCGUGCUUCUUCCGGGAAGGCUGGGUGUUGAGCUGGAAUGAGUACAGUAUCUAUCUUCUGGACACCGUCAACCAGGCCACCGUUGCUGGUUUGGAAGGACUGGGUGAUAUUGUGUCUGUUUCCUGCACAGAAAAUGAAAUAUUUUUCCUAAAGGGAGAUAGGAACAUUAUAAGGAUUUCAAGCAGGCCUGAAGGACUGGCAUCCAUAGCAAGAGAUGGUCUGGAGACGCGGUGUUCAGAGCAGGUCCGUGGGCAGCAUUUGGAAAAGUCACUCGGGGACACUGUUUGUGAGACAAGGCUUCGAGGCUCUUCUGUGGCCAGUUCUGUGGCCAGUGAGCAGCGGAGCAGGAGCAGUUCAUUCAACUCCACGGACAGUGGCUCUGGACUGCUGUUGCCCGGACUUCAGGCCCCCCCUGAGCUGGACCAGGGUGGCCAGCCAUCCUCACAGAGAUUCAGUGUUAUCAGCUCUGAAGACUUUGACCAGGAGCUUAUUGUGAAACCCAUCAAAGUGAAGAAGAGGAGGAGGAAGAGAAAGACAGAAGGUGGAACCAAGAGCACCUGCCAAAGUUCCCUCGAGUCAACUCCCUGCUCUGAGUUCCCUGGUGAGAGCCCCCAGUCCUUGAACACAGACCUCUUGUCCAUGACCUCAAGUGCUCUGGGCAGUAGUGUGGAUCAGUUGAGCACAGGAUCUCCAGACCAGGAGAGCAACCCCAGUGCUGAGGUGAAUGGGAUCAUUCAGGAAGACAGUGGCCCUGAAGCAUUCAGUGUUCUGGAGGUUCCUGAAUCUGCCUCUGACCCAGUGGAUGAAGAAAAUGGUACUGGAAAGAAAAUUUACCAGUGUGACCACACACAGGACAUGGGCCUGCUCAAUGGAGUGUUGCAUUUACCCUUUCAGCCAGGGGAGGAUGGGGGAGGUGAUGACAUCGUCUCAGGACCCGAAGAGGAGCCUGGUGCUGUUGAUGGUGUACAUGCACAGGUAUGCCUGUGGAAACAGGAGGUGAACACCAUGGAGCUCAGUGACCCCCAGAGCACUUUUUCUGAAGCUCCUCUUCUGGACUCCCUCACAGUACCUUCUAGCCUCAGCUGGCCCCCAGGCGCUGAGCAGUGGCUGCCUGGGCUUGGAGCUUAUGAAGUUAGCACUGAGGAGGCCAGCCUAGAACCAGACAUUCUGGCCCAUGUGGACGUCCCUAGCCACCCAAGCUCAAAUCCUUGGCAUGUAGUCACCAAUGAUUAUACAGAUCACAAAGAAAUGCCUGCUCCUGAACAGGUGACUCCUCUUGUCUCUGCCUUGGUGGCCAGCACCCAUGAGCAUUGGCUGGACAAAUCUUUCCAGGACCAGGCCGUGACAUCCAGUGAUGAGGAAGACAUUUAUGCCCAUGGACUCCCAUCUUCAUCCUCAGAGACGAGUGUGGCCGACCUUGGAGCUGGUCGCUGUCUGCAGGACCUGAGCCAGCCAGGGACUGAUGACACCACACUGCUCAAGACAGAUCAGUUUGCAGAGAGCUGGAUGGGCUACUCGGGUCCUGGCUAUGGCAUCCUCAGCUUGGCGGUCUCGGAAAAGUUUAUCUGGUGUCUGGACUACAAAGGUGGCCUAUUCUGCAGUGCCCUUCCUGGUGCAGGGCUGCGCUGGCAGAGGUUUGAAGAUGCUGUCCAGCAGGUGGCAGUCUCUCCCUCAGGGGCCCUUCUCUGGAAGAUUGAGCAGAAAUCUAACCGUGCUUUUGCGUGUGGCAAAGUGACCAUCAAGGGAAAGCGGCACUGGUACGAGGCUCUGCCCCAGGCUGUGUUUGUGGCCCUGAGUGAUGACACAGCCUGGAUCAUCAGGACCAAUGGAGAUCUGUACCUUCAGACAGGUCUCAGUGUGGAUCGGCCCUGUGCCCGAGCUGUGAGGGUUGACUGCCCCUACCCGCUGUCCCAGAUCACUGCCCGGAACAAUGUGGUAUGGGCACUGACGGAGCAGAGGGCCCUCCUGUACCGGGAGGGCGUGAGUAGCUUCUGUCCUGAAGGGGAACAGUGGAAGUGUGAUAUUGUCAGUGAAAGGCAAACUCUGGAGCCUGUCUGCAUAACUCUCGGGGAUCAGCAUACUCUCUGGGCAUUGGACAUUCAUGGAAAGCUGUGGUUCAGAACUGGCGUGAUUCCCAAGAAGCCUCAAGGGGAUGAUGACCAUUGGUGGCAGGUGAGCAUCACGGACUAUGUGGUGUUUGACCAGUGCAGCUUGUUCCAGACCAUCAUGCAUGCCACACACUCAGUAGCGUCAGCAGCUCAAGCCCCUGUGGAAAAGGUAGCAGAUAAGUUGCGCAUGGCAUUUUGGUCUCAGCAGCUUCAGUGCCAGCCCAGCCUACUAGGGGUUAACAACAGUGGUGUCUGGAUCUCCUCAGGCAAGAAUGAAUUCCAUGUUGCUAAAGGAAGUCUCAUAGGAACUUACUGGAAUAACGUUGUUCCCCGGGGAACAGCUUCGGCCACAAAAUGGGCCUUUGUGUUGGCUUCUCCUGCUCCUACCCAGGAUGGAAGCUCCUUGUGGCUAUGCCAGAGCAGCAAGGACCUGUGUAGCAUCAGUGCCCAGAGUGUGCAGUGCCGCCCCUCCACAGUGCAGUUGCCUCCUGACGCCGAGAUGAGGACCUACGCUGCAUGCCAGGAUGCUCUGUGGGCCUUGGACAACCUUGGGCAGGUGUUCAUCAGGACGCUUUCUAAGAGCUGCCCCACAGGCAUGCACUGGACGAAACUGGACCUUACCCAGCUAGGAACUGUAAGACUGACCAGUUUGGCAUGUGGGAAUCAGCACAUCUGGGCCUGUGACUCCAAGGGUGGAGUUUACUUUCGUGUUGGAACCCAGCCUCUGAAUCCCAGUCUGAUGCUUCCGGCCUGGAUCAUGAUUGAGCCACCUGUCCAGCCUGCUGGGGUCACCUUGGUCAGCGUCCAUUCUAGCCCCAAUGACCAGAUGCUGUGGGCCCUGGACAGCAGAUGGAAUGUGCAUGUGCGAACUGGGAUCACUGAGGAGAUGCCUGUGGGGACAGACUGGGAGCAUGUGCCAGGGUUACAGGCCUGCCAGUUGGCAUUGAGCACCAGGACCGUGUGGGCCCGCUGUCCAAAUGGUGACCUCGCCCGCCGCUAUGGAAUCACAGACAAAAAUCCUGCAGGGGACUACUGGAAGAAAAUUCCUGGAAGUGUCUUAUGUUUCACAGUGACCUCAUCAGAUGAGCUAUGGGCAGUGGGCUCCCCUGGCUAUCUUCUCCAGCGACUGACAAAGACGUUCAGCCAUUCACACAGUACCCAGAAGAACAGCCCGGCAGUCACCUCCCACCCUGAGGACCUGGAGGACGAGUGGGAGGUCAUCUGAAGGAGCCCCAGGCAGCCAGUCAGGGAGGAGCUGAGGCUCUGUGAAGGACGCUGCUGAUUCCCAGUGGCUUGCUUACGGGUAUGCCUCUUCCACCAGGCUGGACACCCCACACGGGCUUUCAUCUGUAUUUGUAUUUGUUACCGCCUCAUCCAGAACUCACAGCCUCUGCUGUGCACCGGAGCUGGGAGCUGUCGCUGGAGCAGCAGCACCUUUGACAGCUUGCCAAGGUCACCUCCAAGUGGGCGCAGCGGCUGCUGCUGCUCCUUCGCAUGCACUAGUCACCUGUGCACCACAGUAAAUUAUCUUCAGCAAAUCCAGAUCCUGGUGUGGGGGCCAAUAGAGACACCGCCACAGGCAGAUGAGUCAAAGCUAGGAAGUGUUGGGCACAUGUCCAUACCAGAACCCAGGCCAAACAGGCCUGCACACAAAGCUCGCAGCCAUUAGAUGUGUCUGGUGACAGUGUUGACUUCCUCACAGGGUCCCUCACAUCUCUCCGAGAGAUACAGGCCACAGUGUACAUCCCAAACCAGACAUCCCAGUGGGAAGUACCCGUCCAGGAUAGGGGUACUGGACUGUGCAGGGUAAGGGUAUACACGCACACACCCUUGCCUCAUUAUGUUGCCCACACUCAGGGUAGCUGCCCACCUCUUGCCCACAUGGUCCAUUUAGUCCAGCGCAGGGUGCU